UUCCAGUGAAUCGAACUCCUCCACCGGCUGACGAUUACCCCAUCCCAGAUCAAGAUGCCACGAACUUGGUGCAUACAGCAGCGACGUCGCUCCGCGAUCUAAUGCUGGGCGAACCUCCUCAGUCUCCGUCUCCCGCACAACUCACCCGCCCUCAGCCGCAGCCCUCGCCGCCGCAGCGUCAGCGCACUGAAAUACAAACCUCACGUAUACCCACUUCUACUAAAGAGUACAGUAGUUUUGAUAAAAAACCUGAGAUAUUGCAUCAUGGGACUAAAGACAAUAGCACAUUCACCACUGCACCUACCGCAACCGUUCGAGACUACGCCGCCAGCCCGCUCUCAGCUUCACUUAACCGCCAUAACUCUUACAAAGAAACUAAACGGAACUGUGAAAUGACCUCUGGUCUUCGUCAGAGCAAUAGCGACAUGGCGUUGGGCCCACCAUCCCUGGGACCUAGGUCGUUAUCGUUUAGCAAGACACCUAGUGAAACAAGACGUAGGGUAGAUAGCAUAAGCCGAGAAGCCGUGCAAAUGUAUCACGCUGAGACAGCAGAAAAUGACCGCGAAUUGGAGUUUGUGCCAUUCGCUACAGACCGACCUGUAGGCCUUGACCUUGAUGAGUUUUUGCCUCGUGGCUUAACAGUAGGCAUGGCGGGGCGGGGGACGCGUGUCGGUGGUGCUGAGCCCAGUGAGCAGGAGGUCCUCGGCGUUAUGAUGCGUGGACACGACUCUAUGAUGGCUGUUCUCACUGCCAGAGAACGCGCUUUGCAAAUAUUCCACUCCGUAAGAAUGAACAAAAAUUUGAAAACUGCCCUAGAAUCCGUUAUCGCCUUGGAGGAUACAUCUGUGAUUCUCGAUAUUCUUAAUGUGAUGGCUCACAAACCAUCACUUUGGAAUUUAGACAUUUGUCUGUUGAUGCUGCCUAAAAUAUACGAUUUAUUACAAAGCAAAUACGAAUCGUAUAUGCAAUGUGGCUGCAACGCGCUAAGGUUAAUAGUGCGUAACUUUUCGUCAGUAGUUCGCGCUAAUGUGAGUGCGCCAGUUCAUACAUUGGGUGUGGAUAUACCGCGUGAGGAGCGAUAUGCAAAGUGCGUGCAGAUUCACAGAUUAUUGCUGGACGUACGUGCGUUCCUGCUCAAACGACAGACACUGCAGGGCCGCCUCGGCGCCGCCUUCAGAGACCUUCACACACUCAUGCAACAAGGUCUAGACUGACAUACCAUUGAUAAUCACCACCAACAACAAAUAAUAAGCUGGAUAUUCGCGAGAUCUUUAAACCACCCUACUCUUUCAAAUACAAUAUGAUACAGUACACAAUAAAAUGUGAUCUAUUGUUUUGACAUUCUCUCAUUAAUUUGGUCUCUGAAGAAUCUGGUGUUUAUAAUCUAACUUAAAUGCGACAAACAAACACUCUUAUGUUAUGUUUGCUAUAGUGAACUUGCCUUGUCACGUCUAGAGAUGUGUUUUUUCCCGAUAAAUAUCUGUCAAUAGAUAAAUAUCCGAUUUCACUGAGUAUUUAUCCUAGAACAUGGAUAAUUAUUUUUUUGUGUUUUUAUAAUAGAAUUAAUUUUUUAUUAAAUAAUUACGUACGAUUACUUCUCAUUUUGCCAUUGUUUUAUGUAACAUUACUGUUUUAGUACCUAAGUUUUGAGUCGAUAACAUCUCACUAAUGGUAGGAAUGUAAAUUAAAUGCAACAUACUUUAACCUAACUUAACCUAACCGAAACUUUUAUCAACAUAAAAGUUGACUGGUUUAGAAAAUUCGAUUGACAGAAAAAUAUCAAUAGAACUGUAACCAUUGAGCUGACCUAUCCUGCUUAAUAAAGUGCGACCUAACUUUAUGGUUUUGGGGUCCACUGCGUACUAAAUAAAAUCAUGUUUGGACUUGAAAUAGCCCAAGGAUUCUCCUUCACAUUUCACACACCAAAUCUAUUAAUUAAAACACAUGAUAUAAAAAAUAAAUGUUUAUAAUUGUGUAGGUACACAAAAUGUUUUAAUGCAAAGUGUGAACACAAUUGUCCUUAGCGGCUCUUUCCGUCUCUUUCGUACUAUGUAAAUUAUUCGGUAGCGAAUGUAGGGUUUGGCAAAAUAGUGGCCAAGUUAUUUUGAAUUGAAUUUACUUUGUAUUAGAAUUAAUUAUCGUUUAAGCAUUUCCCAUGACGUCUGUAGUUUUUUCAAAUAAAAUAUUGAACAACCAAAAACUCUUAUAUUCUAUAUACGAAGCUGCACAACUGUACAAUAGUGGACCAACUUAGUGACUUGAAAAAAAAAAAUCCAUACAAAAUGUUAGACAGCUGAUUAAUAUUGUGUGGAGAUAAUUCUUUUUUUUAAAUAAACUACGUAUUUAAAAAAUAAUUAGGUUCACGCAAAAUACAGGGAUUUACGGUACUUAAAAGUUUUUUUUUUAUUACUGCAUAUAGAAAACAAGGAUAACAAGCAAUAUAAUGUAUCAAUGUUUACAAUUAAGCUUAAAAAUAUACUUUCGUUUUACUAAAUAUAAAUAAUAAACCACGAUUAAAAAUAUUUAUCCACGUUUUUGUAUAAAUAUCGAGUAAAAAUGGAUAUUUAUCCUGAGUAUUUAUCCCAAUGAUAUUUAUCCAUGACCCAUCUCUAGUCAUGUCACAAUCUUGUGAAAUACGAUGUUUAAAUAGCACCUAGCAUAAAAUGGUUUAGCGGCGUUAGUGUUGCACUUGGAGUCAAUAGAAAUUGCACUAUUAAUCAUACAUACGAGUACUAUAAUUAAAUCUUGUUGAGUCUUGCAACGUUACUGAAAACUGUAAAUUAGUCUUAAAGAAGUAAAUAACAUUUCUACAUAGCAUUUAUACUUAAAAGGCUGGUUACUUAAUUUCUUCCAAUAAAUUUUUAUUUGAUACAAAAGUAUCUAAAAAGAUAACAAAAUAAGUAGACCUUUUUUUAAGGUUGUUUUUAUGUGAAAUUUUUUGUUUUUGGUUUUAUAAACAUUUGUCUUAUACA